AAACCCAUACCCAGGGGGACAAACUAGAUGAUAAUCUUACAUCUGAGUUGUUAAAAGACAGUAAGAGAGAAGGCAGCCUUCAAUAUAAUAAGCCAAAGUUCAGAUAUGUUUUCUGUGAUAUGGAUGGCACCCUUCUCAACAGCAAAAGUCAACUGAGUUCAACAAAUGUGAAGGCUCUGAAAGAGGCCUCAUCAAGGGGUGUGAAAGUAGUGAUAGCAACCGGAAAAGCUCGUCCAGCUGUGAUGCGCAUUUUUAAGGAAGUUGAUUUAGCCGGAAAAGAUGGCAUUGUUUCAGAAUUUUCUCCUGGGGUUUUCUUGCAGGGAUUGCUUGUUUAUGGUAGGCAAGGUCGGGAAAUUUUUAGAAGGAAUUUGGAUGCAAAUGUAUGCAGAGAGGCAUGUCUUUACUCUUUGGAGACUGAGGUUCCUCUUAUUGCAUUUACCGAGGAUCGUUGUUUAACGCUAUUUGAUCACCCACUUGUUGAUUCUAUGCAUACUGUAUAUCAUGAGCAAAAGGCAGAGAUCAUGCCUUCAGUUGAGCAUCUCGUGGCUGCUGCUGGAAUACAGAAACUAGUCUUCAUGGACACUCCUGAGGGAGUGACUACUGCUUUGAGGCCAUACUGGUCAGAAGCAACUGGAGACUCUGCCAGAGUUGUUCAAACUGUGCCUGAUAUGCUUGAAAUUGUUCCCCCCGGAACCUCGAAAGGCAGUGGAGUAAACAUGCUGCUUGGUCAUUUGGGAAUCACUCCAAAGGAGGUAUGGGCCAGCAGAGUUAUUCUUCCAUGUUGUUGUUUUUG